AGGAAACACCGGAGAUGUGUUGAAAUAAAUAUAAUCCGAAUUUUAACAAAAAUAAUAAAUGAAGAAAAUCACACUUAACUCGUCUAGAAACAAGAACCCAACGAACUUUAAAUACUAAAAAAUGUAUUAUUAAAAUAUUUAAUUUUCUAAAGUCUACAAAACACAAUGGAUUAAUAAAUUGAUCAAGUUCCAAUGCAUUGAGCUCGCGGCCGUGUUUGAAAUUUGUUUGGUCGAUUUAAUGGAACAACUUGUAAAGGCAUUUCAAACGCAAAAAUUGCCAUAGUGAAUUGUGUGUACAACCACAGAGAAUCCAUAACCCUGUGACGCAGGCCGAAGCACAGAAAAUAAAUUAUAUUCUUGGUGCCAAAAAGUGGACAGUAAUACAAGAACCAGCUGCUGUUGUCCAACCAAUCCCAUCAAUAAAAUGACUAUAAAUAUAUAGAACUAAAUACAAGCAUUGCAACCUUUUUAUUUUCCAUUUAACAAUCUUGCGCUGUUGACUAUUUACCUUUAUAUAGCCAGACUAUAUAAAACUGUACAAUAAGACACAGGAACUCCAAAUCCUUCACAGAAGGCCAUUUUUAUUUAUUCCGCGCUGGAAAUUGCUUCGUUUUCGAACGAAGUUGAACAUUUGCCAAGCCACAAAAAACUUUUUGUAUUGUGUUCAAUUUAUUUUCAUUAAGUGAGAAAGUUAACAAAUUUCUAUUUAAUUGAAACAAUUGCUCUAAGCUUAAAAGCAAAUAGACUGUCAGCAGCAGCAGCAGAAUCAUAAAAAACGCGAGCUGCAUUCCAAAUAGAGCAAAGCAAUAACAACAACAAUCGCGGCGUGUACAGAUAGAGAUACAGAUACCAGGUUUUAGAUACCAGCAGAUACCUGUCUCUGGCCCAACCCUCUCUAAGACGUUGCUGCAUAAUUAUAUUCAUCUGCGUUUUGUGAGUGUGUGUGUGCGUGUUUGGUUGUAAAACGGAGCCCGGGGCAACAACACCAGCAACAGAAUGUAUCUCAUACAGACUGUUCAAACAACUUGGCGUCCCCAGUUGCCGCUGCCCAAAGACGACGACACGAAAGCCACAAAUCAAGCAACAAUUUCCCCAACCACAUCCGAUAACAACAACCACGCACUGGAGAUGGAGCGUCUGCGCCUGAACGGAUCCGGAUCCUCACAGCAGCAGCUGUCGAAUAAACAGAAAUGGUCCUUUGGUCGACUCUUUCGCAAAAAGAAGGAUGCGGCCGAUUGCAGCGCCAGCUCCAGCGAGGAGGACCGCAAGGCCGGUUUUGUACCCGCCCAGCGCCAAAGCGCAACGAAACCCAAGGCCAAACAUCACGCCAAGUCCGCACGGUGCAACAGCAGCAACAAAGCGCUCGGCUUCGAUCACAUCGUGAUGCCAUCAACCCAGUCCCAGUCUCAGUCCCAAGCGCAUCCCGUCCAGCCGCAGCACAUAGACAACGAGUUCUUUUUGCCCGUGGAGAUGGUACCGCCGGAGCCAUACUAUCAGAACCAGCCGGGCUACUACAGCCGCUCCAGCAACUCCCUAGAUCGCCGGCUCUAUCUGUCGCAGCAGGCGCCACCGGGUGGGAAUAUGCCGCCACCUAAAUCCCGUUCCGGUCACCGCGGCAAGGUGCCGGGCCACUCCAGCGAAGAGGAGAUCAUCUCGCUAAACUCCUCCACCUUCUCCAAGUAUCGCAGCGACGAGAGCAUACACAGCGGGGGCCAGGCGCUGCAGGGAUACGGCGCACCCGGCCAGAGUAGACGCAGUCGCGCCGCCCGCAACGAGCGCUACUACAAAAGAUUGUCCCGCGACGGCGAGGUCAGCCAUGGCGGUGUGCCUGUUCAGCAGCAGCAGAUGAUAGUGCCCACGCAGCGCUACAAAACGCAGCCAUUGCCCUUGUCCAUCUACCAGGCAGCACCCAGUUCCUCCGUCGCCGCCUUCUCCGGCUAUGUGCAAUGGCAGCCGCAGGUACCUCCCUUGCAGAACACCAUGCAGAGCGAUGCGAAGCGCAGCAUCAGCUACGAUAGCCAAAUGCAUAUGCAAAAUGCGAAUAAACGACUGCAGAGCAAGCCGCUGCCGCUGCCGCCACCGCCGCCCCCGAGAGAUCCCUUGCGGCGCGUCCAUGCCGGCUACAGUUCCAGCGAUUUGCGUCCCGUCUCGUACGCCUUCGAUCAGGGCGGGCGCUGUGUGUCCGACGAUCGGAUGUGGCAGCCACCGCACUACCAAUCCGUGCACUCGCUCAAUUCCCAGCCAGGCGGCGGCGGCUCCACAGCCAGUGCCCCGGUCACCGAGCAGCCCGAGCAAGCACAUCAACAUCAUCGUCGGUUCAUUACCCGCUCGGAGCGGAACGCCCUACCGGGCAAGAAGUCGCUGCCCAAUGGCAUCGACUUCCGCUAUGUGGCCGAUGCGACGCCGCGCUCAAGGAAGCCCAUUCACAUGCUGGACCCUAGCGGCGGACUGCGUGCGCCAAAGCCCGGCCUGCCGGCUUCCAGCGGCGUUUUGCGCACCUCAAAGAGCGGAUUGGCCAGCUCCAGCGAGGGUGGGCAGUCCCUGGCUAAGCCACGCUCCAUUUCCAGUUCGCGAAUCAGCGAGCUGCGUAGCUAUCCCAUACCAAUGUACUCUGAAGUGCAGAAGCCCAAGCGAACAGUGCCUGGUCCCGCUCCCGUUCCCACUCCGGAGUCGGAUAGCGUCAUCUGCGGCAGUUUGCACAUCAAGCCCGGCGAGCAUGGCAGCCAGAACUAUGUGGAGAUACGUCAUCGGGAUGUGUACAAGACAAACUCCAUGCCGCAUCAUUACCAGCGCCGUUCCGGUGAGGAUUUGCCCAACAAGUACGAGGAGUACGUGGCCGAGAAACGGGAACAGCAUCAACAGGCGCCGGCGCCCAUCUUUACCGAACGCAAGGGCAGCGCCCCAGCCAUAACGCCCAUCUAUUUUCCACGCAAGAAGCCUGCCAAUCUGGAGGAGGCCAUCAGCGAGCUAGAGGCCAUUUACAAGUCGCUCGGCCUCACCGAACCGCCUGAGCCCAAGUCGGAGCACAAGUCGGAGUCCAAGUCGGAGCCAAAGCCGCGUCUGCCCACGCCGAGUGACUUUGAGAAAUUCGCCCUGGCCCAUGCCGAUGACUACGAGGACGAGGACUCGCCGGCGGGUGAGCCGGAUCCGGUGCGCGACGAUGUCGCCUAUCGCAACCUGCAGCUAGCCAAUUUGCAGUAUCGCGCCGCGGACAGGCAGCCGCCCUUCGGGAUACCCGUCGGCCCGAUUGUGCCGGCGCCGCAGAGCGACUAUCUCCAUGUGGAGCCUGUGCAGAAGAAGAAGCAGAGCGGUUCGCCGGACAUUGUCAAGGAUGAUUUGGCGGUGCGUGCGCUGCGGAAAGAUCCGCCCGGGCCUAAGUCCAACUACAACUAUCCGAUGCAGAAAAAACAGCGCGCGACGCGCACCCAAUCCGCCAACAUAUACAAUCUGAUCCAGAGGGCCGCAGCGAAGCCGUCUGGCGGGGAUCUCAGCAGCUAUAUCGAGCUGACGCGCAGCAUCGAACGCGCCGGCUCCAUGUCCAAUCUGGGCGUGACGGAGCCGAGCGAUACCAGCGAUAUACCGGGCACCUUGGAUCUCCUGCGCAAGCUCAAGGCCCAGGACGAGGAGCUUAACAAGAAGCCGCACAUCCCAUUCAGGCAUCCGAAUCAGGGUGGCGCUAUAGCCCAGCUGCCAGAGCGUCUGGGACACGAUGAAACGGCAAAGUUGCCUCCGGUGCCGGCGCCACGCAAGAGCCUAACGCCCGAGCCCCUGCUGGAGGAUGCGCUGAAUAAGAUUGCGCAGGAUGCGCAGGCGAGCAGCAUCAAACUAACCCAGGAGCUGGACGAGCUGCGCAAGGAGGCGCUCAUCACGGCUGCCAGGCCCAAACUGAAUCCGGAGCAGCAAAAGCUGGAACAAGAGCUGCAGCAGAUCGAGGCCGUCUCCGAGGCGGCCAAGCGCUGUGGCCAACUGCUCCUCGACACUCUGCCCGACCAUGAUCAGCCGGACAGUGAGCAGCCGCACCAGCGAAAACUGCACAAGGAAGGGAAAUUGAUACGCGCCAUCGACGAGGUGUCCGAGGCGGCGAACGCGGUUUGCGAGAAGAUCCUUAAGGAUAUUGUGACCACCGAACCGCCCGUGGUUGUACACGAGGCGCUGCAGGUGAAGCAGGAGCAGCAGCUGGUGAUGCCGCAUCUCAUUAGGAAACUGGAUCCCAUACAGUCGGACAAGAUCGAGGCGAUUGCCAAGCGCUGCAUGCGACAGCUUAGCGAAUUGGCCGAACCCGAGCAGGAGCCGGAACCCGGGCCGGACUACGACAAUCUGGCCGCGUGUAAUAUGAGCACAGCUGGAACUGGAGCUGGAGUCCACGCUGAUGCCACUCUCAUUUGUCCCAUUGCAGAGGCCCGGACACGGGCGCAGGCCAAGUCCCAAACGCUCGACGAUAUCGAUCGCAUUAUGCAGGAGUGCGAGCGUCAGGCGCGGGAAACGGGUCCCGGGAGCAGCUGCAGCAGGACGGCGACAACAGCAACCACUGCAUCCAGCACGGAUGAUCAGCGCACCACGGCGCCCAGCAUGAGCAGCGGCAGUGGCAGCGGCAGUAGGAGUGGAUGUGGCAGUCACCAGGCAACCACUGUAAGCACCACCGCAUCCUCGUUCAGCUCCAGCAGCGAUUGCCUGGCCAAGUCAUCGAGUCCGUCGAAUGCCAGUCGGCCUAUGUCCUCGAGCAUAACCUCAUUUAAUCCGUACUCAUCGAGCGACUACAUCAAGUCGCAGAGCAGCGAUUAUCAUGCACCCAGCACUGAUCCCAUCAAGACAUUCAGCACCACGUCCUACGAUGCGGAGACGACGCCCAACAACACCACAAUCAGCACCACCAGCACACAGAGCACUACACAGAGCAGCACCACAACCACCGAGAAUCAAACCGCCAGCGUAGCGUCGCCGUCGCCGACCUCGUCGUCAUCCGCCUCAUCCCCGCCGUUGCAAUUGACGCCAGUUGGCGAACGCAGAGCACGCUCUUCGUCGCCCUCGCAGUACAAUUCGAGCGAGGAGCUGGCCGCCAUCUUUGGCAUCGAGGAGAAGCCAGUGAAACAGCUGCGUCGCAAGCAGCCGCCGGUUAACCCAACAGAAAAUUUUGCGGCGUCGAGUGACUUAUCCACAGCAUCCGCCACUGCCAAAACCAGCUGCCAGCUACAAGUAGAGGAAAGUCAACAGCAACAACAACUAUCGGACGAAUCAGUUGGCUCCUCAGCUCGAGUCUCGUAUCGGGGACAGCAUCCGCACUUUCAUCAUCAUACGACGCCCGCCUAUUACACGGAUCUGCAGCUGCGCAUCCAUACACCGAAUGCGUCGGAUGUUGGUGCGUUGAAUGAGAAUUAUCAGAGUGUGUACAGCACUCCCAGCACUCAGCUAGUGAAGCAGCGAAACUUUCCCAAGACAAGUGCGGCCCCAGCAAAUCAACGAGCAACGUUUUUUCGACUUGGCGACUCUGUGUCCACAGGGAAAAGCAACGGAAGCAGCAGCAGCAGCAAGGAACGCUGCGCCAAAUCCUUGCCGCCCUCUGUGAACCCUACAAAAGGUGAAGAAGUUAGCCGAACCGAAUCCUCCCCCCAAAAUCCUAUUAUUGCUAGCAAUAGUAGUUGUAGAUCACCAGUAGCCCCCCUGGCUAGCCCUGUAGUAGUUGCUGGUGCGUCCGGCCGCAACAGUCGCCACACACAUCGCUUCCAGCAGCGCUCCAAGCGGGCCGUGCGUGUGCGCAGCGAGUCGCGUCCAAUAAGCGCGCUCUACGACAUAAUAUGCAAGGAGAAGGGCCUCGGCGUAGGCGAUUCGACCACGACCAGCGGCAGCAGCAACGAGGAGCAGCAACCGGAGGAGCAGCCAGAGCAGCAGCAGCAAAAGGAGUUGGACAAAAGCGACAAGCUGGCGACCUUUUGGCCCUUGCAUCACCAAUUCCACAGACCUUCAAUGAGCAGCGUUAACAGAAACCCGAAAUCGGAGCAGUCGGAUAAGCGCCAGCAGCUGACCAAACAGAAACGCAUUUGCGCCUCAGCUGAAGCCGCCGGCUCCACGGAUGACAACGACGAUGAAUCGCCCUAUGCGCUACACUCUAGUCAGAAGACAACCAAUCUGGGUCUGAGCAAGGCCAACUCGCUGCCGCCCUCAGAGUCAAUGUCGAGCUACCUCAAGCAACAUGGGCAGCCCCAGCUCAAACUCCAAUUGGCGCAGCCCCAGCUCCAGUCGGCUUCGGCCAUGCCAGCAGUUCAUCUGUUGGAGGAUCCACCAUUGACGCAUGAGCGUGCGGCCAAGAGCCUGGAGCCAGCUGCAAGGAUAACAUCUUCGGCCUCGCAGCUGGUGAUGAGCUACAUGGACGGCCAACCGUUUAGUACGGAGCGCAUGUUUGUGGAGCCACCGAAGCUGUCGCUACCGGAGCUUAACCGUCGGGUCAGCAGCAAGAAGCAGCUGGACGCGGACGAGCAGCAUGAAUUGACUUCCACGACUUACAAGGAGGGCGAGGUCUUGGAGACGCUCGCCCGCUGGCAACAGGAGUUGAGCUCCACCAAUGACAAGUCCGCGCAGUUUUUACACGGUGCUAUUGGUCACAAUCAUCAUCAUCCCUAUCAGCGCGAACAUCAUUAUCAUGAACUGUCUGCAUCUCCCGCACCAUCUGACCAUCUGUAUCCCGUGGCACUAGAAGAUCCUCAACAGACCCAGACCCAGUCUCAGCCUCAGUCGCAAUCAACUCAUCACCAUCACCAAGCGACCAACGCACGCAGAUUCAUAACUCGGACGCCGCGCUCCGGCAGCCGUCAAAGUGCAGGCCACUCGUCGCCGCCACCGCCAGCCGGCUAUCACAGCGACUCAUCCUACAGCUCGCCAUCGCCCACACGUAGACACCACCCAGCAACAACUACAAUAGCUGCAACAGACGUAAUUGCAACCGAUCCGCAAUCCUCGGCGAACGGCAACAGCUCCGCUUAUGAGACGGCAGCCACCUCUGUGAUGACACAUGCCAAGCCGGCGCCAGAUCAGUUGCAGGCCGGGCACAUUGAAGUUCCUAAGACCACGUCACCAGCUUCUCAGACAAACGCAACGACCGUCGUAAGCACACGGCCCCCAUCCAUCAACUCAGCGAGCUACAACACAGUUUCCUUUGGAAGCGCCAACAACAAACGCAGCAUUCAUUUCACCUGCAACAACAACAACAACAUCAGCAGCAGCAGCAACAGCCGCAGUCGCAGCAACAAUAACAGUCAACUGCAACAUUGCCGCAUUUUUAGUCAGACCACGCCCAUGCCGCCUCUCGCCACGCCAAUAAUUGUGCUCAAAGCAACGGCAUUAACAGCAGUUCCAGCAUCGACGCCGGCAGCAACGCCGACAGCAGCGUCACCUUCCAAGCGGCGCAAAAAUUUGCUGUCGCCGCUGCGCAUUGUCGGCACGUACACGUCCACGUCCGCAGCCACGCCCCCGCAGAGCAGUCCACUCUUGAGCAGCUCCUCAUCCUCGUCCCAAUCCUCGCCAGCGGUGCGUACCACUAAAGCCAGUCGACUGCGUGCCGCAGCGCUCGACCGCAAAAAAGAGGAGGAUCAGCAGCAGCAGCGCCCACGUUUCAGUUCUCCCAGUGCUCUGCGAACGAACUCAAUGCCGCCGGCUCGACGACUGAGCAGCUCGGAACUGUCGCCCAACUACAGCGGAUUCAGGUCCGAGCCCAGCGGCAGUGCCGCCCGUCUGCAGCCACCGGCACGGUCCGCUUCACAGCCGUCGGAGCCCCUCGAGCGCCGUCCACUGGUGGCCACGGCCAACAACGUGAUCAUGAAGCAGAAUCUGUGCGAGCUACACUUCACGGGCGGCAUACUCAGUCCUCCGAAGGUGGAGUGCACGUUGCGCAUGCGUCCCCGGAGCUCCACACUGUGCGACGAAACGGAGCAUGAGAGCGGAAGUGCUGCGACGAGCAGGCCACGUGAUAAUCUGACCAACUCUAAACUGAGUCCCGUGCAAAAGCACAAGCAAACCCCGGAAGCCUCACCCCUGCCACGUCGCGGCGGCGAUCGCGAUAAAUCGGCCAAGCGUAAAUCAAACCUGAACCGAUCCCACAAUGAGGAAGCCACCAAGGAUAGCGAUGAGACUGCAUCUGUGCGUAGACGACGACGUCGCGAACUGGGCAUGGCUCGCCCGCUGCUGCCAGGGGAUGACAAGUCGCUGCGAGAGUUGCUGCAGUCGCCGCAGAAGAGCUCCUGCAGUGAGUCCACCUCCAAGUCGGAGUCGUUGCGUCAGGCACGCGGCAUUAGCCAGAAGCUCAACGAGCGCACCAAAACGGAGCUGGCCGAGAUCAAAAAGAUUGCCGAACAGGCGCAGCAGCCAGAUGAGACAUGCAACGAGCAGCAGCCAGUCGAUCUGAAAAUGUCGCCCAUACUGCGACGCAAGAGCACGGAUGAGCUGGCUGCCUCGGCGGCAACAACACAGAAUUCACCGCCCGCACCCAACCAGAUUGUCUCCAUAUUGAAGAAGAAGGAGCACGCGUUCGGAGAGUGCUACUCGAGCGCUUCCAGCAAUGCCUCGCCGGUAACCUUCUCCGCCACGGUGCUGGACACGCCGCUGGCGAGCAGCCGCAGCAAGCGCCAAGGCAUACUGAAGAAGCGAUCCAGCCUGGACGAAUCGCGCUACUAUUCGCGCUCCCAUUCCCCGGACGAACGUAGCAUUCUCAUCAAGUCGGCACGUCGAAAUUCACUGGAGGAGUCGGGCAGCGCCCUGAGUCCCGGCCAGGCACACGGCAUCCUCAAGCAGAGCAGCUACGAAAUCACCAAGAGCGAGGGCUGCCCCUCGGCAAAUGAAUGCCAGCCUCAUAGCAUAUUGAAGAAGAAGGACUCGCUGUCGACGCCCUCGGAUGGCUGUGCGCACAUAUCCAAGCAUGUGUCUAUCUCGCAGGCAGUUACGUUGGCCGCCGCCGAGCUAGCCGCACAGCCGAUCAUAGGCCCUGAGGAUGGGGAGGAACAUGAAAUACGACCCAUACUUAAGCAGGAGAGCACCUCUAGCGAGGAGGCGACGCGCCCGCCAAAGCCCAUUCUCAAAAAGAAAUCAUUCGGUGAGGCGGACGAGCACGAGAUUCGUCCCAUACUCAAGAGCAGUCGCAAGAGCAGCCGCGAGGAGUUCGACCUUAAUGAGGUUACCCAGGAAGCCCAUGACCCGAAUGCCUGUGAGGCAGCCGCCAUGCGUCCCAUAUUGAAAACUGAUUCGCCAUCCAAGCGUCGCUCGCUCUGUUCCAUGCAAGCUAAAGAUGAGGACAGCUCGGCAAGUCUACUCAAGCGACGCACACGCUCGCUCGAGCGUCAGGAUGCGCCGCCCCACAUGGACCUGGCUGCCGCCUUGGAUGCUAUAACCAACUCGCAGGCGACAGUCACACCCCUCACGCCCAUUGACCUGGCAUCGACACCAUCGAACAUCUCGGUAGCCGAGCGCAUCAAGCACAUGGAAAUGCUCUCGACACCCACUUCCCAAUCAGCUGGCGGCGCAGCUGUUGGCAUAAACAGCAGCUGGGAAUCCCCGCUGCAGCACGACUCGAGCCUCACGCCAAAGCUGCUCAAGCCCAGCGUUCUGCGCCGGGAUCUCUACAAGGAUCGCUUCAAGACGCAGCCCGUAACCAGCGAGGAGAAGAGCUUCUUUAAAGCGAACUCCGCGCCAUUUGACAUUUCGGCAACGUCGGCCUUUAAGCCUACCAAGCCGCUGGACAUUCGCGUCGGAGCGCACCUUCAGCAGCAGCAGCAACAGCAACAACAACAGCAACAACAGCCGUUAAUUUCGCCUAUCACCGGACAACCGUUAAGCCACGUGCCGGCCCCCCUGCUGCUCUCCUCGUCGACGCUUUCAACCGCCGGCAGCUCAUACCGUUUGGCGCGCAGCUCAACGCAGCCGCUGCAGUCGCCGCGCGUUGUUCACCUCGCCGCCCAGGGUGCAGGCACUUCGCCAUCCACGUCCAGUUUGAUAAAUUCGCCGCAGUCUCUCCUGCGCCAGCACUCGGUCAGCGUCAGCGACAGCGUCAGCCUUAGCGAACAGUUGACCGUGUCCGUGGGAAACGACAGCGAACACAUCUUCGAGAUGUCCGGCUUGGACAAUGACUCGGCGUUGGGCGAAGAUGCAUCCACAGCCACCCAAUCGAGCUGCAUAGGCGUGGGCGUGGCACGCAGCAGCAGCGUUCGCGCGCGUGCCAACAUGUUCCAGCAGUUGCAGGAGCAAUCGCGCAGCCGUCGGGAGGCGGCCGGUAGAGAGCAGUUGCCGUCGCAAUCGCGCUCACUGGCCAACAGUCAAGCAACUUCUCACCACUCGCCGCCGCCGUCGGCAAUAGUCGACGGUGUUGCUCUGCACACUUCGGUAUUGAACGACGAAUCGAGUACGCCAAAUACAACGCAGGAUGCAACCGAUGCCGAGUUCGGUAAGCCCGCCGAGUGUCUUAGGGGCAUAAUAAAGAGUGGUAAGCCCUUAGGCGGCAUGGGUCGCGGUCUCAUGCCCAUCGAUCUCAAUGCGGAGCUCAAGAGUCGCCUGCAGCGCUCCACCCAUGCAACUGUCUCCAAUCUGCGCAAGUCGGCGACCACAGCAAAUCCGACGCGAGCCGCCGGCCCAGACGAAACCGACAAUAGCUCAACGAAUCCGCAGCGCAACCUGGCCCAGAUAUUGCGUAAUGUGCCCAAGGAGAAUGCUGCGCAGCACGAUGAUACUGUCAGUUUGGUGCGUAACCUCUCCUCGAUAGGUUCGCCGCAUAUCGCCGCCGCAGCCGAUGCGGCUGCCGGCCACAAUAACUGUGCCUCCGCCUCCGAAGGCGAAAGCUCCGGCGGCCGAGAGAUCGAGGCCAUCAUUAAGAACAGCGCCGUUGCCCGACGCCGACGCCAGCAGCAGCAGCAAGAGCAACAGCAGCCAGAUGGUUGUCUUUGCAGCAAUCUCAUUGCAAAAAGCAAAAGUUACUCGGGCAUAGCAGCAGCACCUAGUGGCACAGGCCCCCACCUGCCUUCAGCUGGCGCCCGUGGCUUUGUCAAGUUGCGUCAUGUAGAUUCCGAUAAGCCGAGCACAUCAACCGAGGAAUCAACCCAAUCGCAACCAGAUAACCAAGAAGACACACUACUCAACAAAGACUCCACAGAAGACCCAGCUAUAGAUAAUAUGGGUCCCGAUCAGCGCAAUAUUGUCAAGACUGGCUCCAUUGCCGAGCGCUUGGCAGCGCUGCAGAAGAGCGGCGAGGAUGACUGGAAAAGACGCGUCAACAAGCGGGAUGAGGUCGAUGUUAUUCGACGCGAAAACUUUGUCAAUGAAUCACUUUCUCUGGCCCACUCCAUAUCGGACAAGACGUUGCCGCCGUCGCAUCUAAUCGUGGCCAGCCUCGAAGGCGGCAAUGUUUCGGAACGCCUGGGUAAACUCAAGUCAAACUCGGAGAAUUGGAAGCAGCGUAUAGAGCAAACCGAUGCUAAGAAGUUCACAGUCGCUGGACGACUGCAGAAAAAGGCUCAAUCGCCAGCUGAGCUACAAUUCGAGCGCCUGCCCAAUGAUGCGCCCAAAAAGUGCCCAAUGUUGGAGGUGCGCAGUACCAAUCAGCCGCAGCUGGGUUUGGCCAAGAGCCCCUCCAUGAUGGUGAUGACCUGUUCGAAAACGACCUCAACGCAGCGCAGCUUGAGCGUCAAUGCUGAGGAGACUUUGCCACUGAGUCGCAGCAACAGCAGCAGCUCCGAGUCGGAUGGGGAACGCUGCUCGCCCCACAAUGCCAAGCAGAGCAAGGAGCUGGCCAACAACAAGAGUGUGGCCGCAGCCACAAAUGUGGGCGCCCGAAUCCAAGUGCCGCGUCUCGAUGAUGAGGAGACCUUCGAGAACUUCUUCAUCGUCCACCCCAAGAGCCAAACAAAAGAGCAAUCCCAGCUGGACAUAAGCGCUUUUGAUAGUAUAAAGCCCACUGAGCGCCUGGUUAGCAAGCGCAACAUUCAGGGUCCCAAGGGGCGGCGAGCCGCACGCAAUCCUCUAAAGACUUUGGCAGCCCGCAGCGACAUCUGCUCGGAGUAUACGGAACUCAAUACGGGCGUUGCCGAGCGUGAGGUGCGCCGUCUCAAGCUGGAAUCAUUUGGACAACGCAGCAACUUGGCAACAGAAGCCAUUGCAGGCCUGGCAUCCACCGAAGACUUCAAGUCGGUGGCUCUGAAGUCCUCAUCAUUGCCGUUGCAGCAAAUGUGGCUGCCCUACAAGCGCGUGAUGCUGCUGCACGUCAAGGGACGCACCCAUGUCCAGACGCGUCUGGUAGCGCCCGUGCCAACAUCCAUGAAUCGUGGCGAUUGUUUCAUUUUGGUCGCUGGAGCACAUCUUUUUCGAUAUGUGGGCUCCUUUGCCAACGUAAUUGAGAUCUCGCGCAGCAAAAAGAUCUGCGCUGCCAUAGUAGAGAACAAGGAUCUGGGCUGCACAGCCACCCAGGAGCUAAUACUCACCGACGGUAAAUACGUCAAUGAGCGUCAAUGGCGUCAGUUCUGGUCGCUUCUGGGCGAGUCGAAGGGGCAACAGCAGCAGUUGGCCAUCGCUGACUGCGGCCAUGAGGAUGAGGAUGAUGUAUUCGAGAGCAGUCUGAUAGAGACGAACAAGAUUUACGAGUUCCAUGACGAUGGCCUGGUGCCCCUGGCCAAGUACUGGGGCUGCAUACCAAAGGUUGAAAUGCUGGAUACACGCAAGGUGCUUGUAUUUGACUUCGGCAGCGAGCUGUAUGUGUGGAACGGCAAGAACGCGCCUACAGAUGACAAGCGGGCGGCCAUGCGUCUCGCUCAGGAGCACUUUGACGCCUCCGAUGUCGUAGACUUUGCCCAGUGCUAUCUGAAUCCGAUCAACUAUGCGUCUAUUGUGGGCAGGCGCGAGAGCACCACGUACGCUAAGCGCUGCGCUCAGCGGCCAGAGUGGUGCGUGCUGGGGAAGAUAACGCAGAACAUGGAGACGGUGCUGUUCAAGGAGAAGUUCAGCGACUGGCCGGAGCUGGAGCACGAGGAUCUCGAGAAGGACUAUUUGGCAAAUGGUGUUCAUGUUGUGCACGCACUCAACGGCGCAGUCCUGCAGAAGGGCGAGCCUUACCAGGAACCCAAUCUUGUGCUGGAGCAAGCAAACUUGGGUCGUGGCAAUUUCUUCUACGACAACGACACCAUGCGGCACUUUGAUAUUAUCACCAAAUCUACUGACAAAUGGCAGAUACACGAGUUCAACUUCGAUGCUGCCGAGGCGCACAAGAACUACGGACACUUCUAUUCCGCGGAGAGCUACAUUGUGCGAUGGAUUUACCAGAUUUCAGUUACGGUACGGGAACUGAGUGGCAAGGUGUCGAAGCGCAGCACUGUUGGCCGCGAUCGCUGCGUCUAUUUCACCUGGCAGGGUAAGGACUCGAGUGCCAAUGAGAAGGGCGCCGCUGCUCUGCUGACCGUCGAACUGGAUAAGGAAAAGGGUGCCCAAAUCCGUGUGGCGCAAGGCGACGAGUCGCCCGCCUUUGUACGACUCUUCCGCCAGCUUUGGCAGCAUCAUGGUCGCAAAGUGCAAUGUCUGGCCAAGCGAGCCGCGUGGCGUCUCUACCAGAUACAAGGCAAUCUACCAGAGGAAUCGCUUAUAAAGGAAGUUCAAUGCGAUGCCUGCCAGCUCCGUUCGCGUAGCUCCAUGCUCCUCAUACUAGGCUCAGAGGGACGCGUGCUCGUUUGGCAUGGCUGCAAGAGCGCAGAGCAUACUCGUGCCGUCGCCUUAGCUGCAGCACAGCACGUAGCACAUCAGCUGCCUGAGGAUUUGUUCAGCUGUGCAAGCGUCACAGUCCAAGAACAGGAGGAGGGUGCCGAGUGCGAUGUCUUCAAAACGAUCCUUCGCAUUGGAGAGGAGCGCAAUUAUGGUAGUCUGCUGAAGUCGAUCAAAUGCUAUGACUACACACUAAGGAUUUUUAACUUAUCGAGCACACAAGGCAUAUUUAAGGCACACGAGCUGAUCGAUCCGCUGCGUUGCCGGAAUCUGCAUUCGCCUUAUCCCUUCUCACAGUCGCAGCUGUACAAUGCGCGCCAGCCGACUAUUUACCUGCUAGACGAUGGGGACGAACUGUGGCUCUGGAUGGGCUGGUGGCCACUGGAGGACAUCAAGAUCAACUCCGAGGAUCGCAGCAGCCCCACCAAUGACAAUCGUGCGGGUGUGAACCGUUGGAUCUCAGAGCGACGAGCCGCUCUAGAAACGGCCGUCGACUAUUGGCGUGCGAAGCACGGCGAUAAUGAGACGGUUUCCUUCCACGGCACCAAGGGCUACGUUGUUUGGGCAGGCCUGGAGCCGUUGGCCUUCAAAGCUUUAUUUCCUGAUUGGUCUGAGCGUAACAAUAUUCGUGAAAUUAACCUCGAGGAUGGUCGGACUGAUGUACCCACGUCCAUCAGUGAAAUGCUCGCACAAAUGACUCAAACCGAAUACCCGCUUGAGGUGCUGAAGGCGCGUCCGCUGCCAGAGGGCGUGGAGCCCACACGUCUGGAGCUCUACCUAAACACAAAUGAAUUUCAACACGCACUCGGCAUCAGCCGCUUGGAGUUCGAUCAGCUGCCCGUGUGGAAGCAAACGAAGCUGAAGAAGGACCGGGGUCUUUUCUAAACAAACACUAAAAUGUGACCAUAUAGACUUACACGUGAACGCAAUCACAAAAUACUUUUGUAACGAAAUAUUUUCUAACUAUCUUUGAAAACGUACAUACUUAUGUAUUCUUCCAAAACUAUUUACAAAUACCACACGCACACCUGUGGGCACAUCUUUAUAUACUCUCGUACUUUAUACAGUCAUCGUAUAUACAUAUUUAUAUACAUAACUAUAACCUAACCUAUAACUUUUUACACCGAUUUAUAUCACAUGAUAGCAGCUUAAUGUGUAUUCAGACAACACAAAGAUUAUCACGAAAUAACACUGGUCUAUCAACAAACGUAGAAUUUAAUUACAUAUAUGUACAUAAAAAUUUUAUGUGCUUUGUUCUUAACAAAUUGACAAAUUUGCCAUUGUUAAUUUGAAUACAGCACAGAAAAAAUUAAGGUAAAAUACCAUUGCUCUCUUUA